GCGGCGGGCGCUAUAAGCGGCCUGGGGCGCCCACCCUCGGAGUGGAGUCUGCGCGAGGCUGAGACGGCGCUGGAACCCAUGGACACGUCGUACCCACGCGAGGACCCUCGGGCCCCCCGCAAGGCGGACGGCGCCGCCCACACAGCCCUUGCGCUGGGGACGCCGCGCCCCCCGCCUCGGGACCACCUGAUCUGGUCGAUGUUCAGCACCCUCUACCUGAACCUGUGCUGCCUUGGCUUCCUGGCGCUCGCCUACUCCAUCAAGGCCCGAGACCAGAAGGUGGCCGGAGACCUGGAGGCAGCCCGGCGUCUCGGCUCCAGAGCCAAGUGCUACAACAUCCUGGCCACCAUGUGGACCCUGGUGCCCCCUCUGCUGCUCCUGGCACUGGUGGUGACUGGCGCCCUGCACCUGUCCCGGCUGGCCAAGGACUCUGCUGCCUUCUUCAGCACCAAGUUCGACGACUCAGACUAUGACUGAGGGGCUGCACCCUGUCCCCGUCCUGACCCAGGGACCCCAGUCCCCAGGGUGCUGCCCCAGGGGCUCCAUCCUGACCCCCUGGAAGCCCAACUCGACUAUAGGGCCUGCUGCCCACCGCCCCCGCCUGGGCACCCUGAAGACCCCCUUUGGAUCCCAGGGGCUGCACUCCAACCUCCGUGGCUCUGAUCCCCUAACUCCCUGCACCCCCAGACCCUCCCUCCCCACUCACCAGUCUCAGACUCGUUUCACAAUUAAAAGUGCCUGGUUCCAAAAGUGCCUCCUGGGGUGGGGGAGGGUGUCCUCCUGAGGGAGCUAUGCUAGAGACCACUGCAGCCAAACCCCGUGGACUGACCCCAGUGUCGACGGGAGGGACACCCCCUUCUGUCUGCUUGGCU